AUGAAAUUCGCUCAGACAGUAGUCUCGGCUGGGUUUCUAACAGCAGCAUCUGCUGCUUUCGUUGCAAUCCCUAGAGUCGAUGAUGCCCUGAAGUAUAAUUCCCUUUUUACUUUACAAGAUCCUCAGACUACGAUUGCAGUCCAAACAGAAUGUGAGAGUGGCACUUGUCAGAUAAACAGAUACAAAACUGAAGUGACCUUUGUGACUGAAGUUAAUGAAGGUGUCAGCACUUCAUAUGCUACUUAUUAUCCGUUGGCAGAAACUAAUGAAGUUAUUGAACUCACCCCCAAAGUAGAGACUUUCACUAACAAUAAACGGCAUAGAAUUUUGUCAACGAAACCUUGCUCCGAGAAAACUAUCCCUCCACGGCCAACAAAGCCUUGGAAACCAUUCUGGUCAAAAGAGCCUUGUACAAGUAGCACUCCAAGUUUUCCAACCACUGAAAUAACUUCUAGUACCCCAUGUACUUCCAGUACCCCACCUUGCUCCGAGAAAACUAUCCCUCCACGGCCAACAAAGCCUUGGAAACCAUUCUGGUCAAAAAAGCCUUGUACAAGUAGCACUCCAAGUUUUCCAACCACUGAAAUAACUUCUAGUACCCCAUGCACUUCCACUCUCCCAAGUACUACGAGUGCAUGGAGUACUACAAGUGCCACAAGCUCUCCAAGUAGUACACCUCCUAAGCCAACUUCGAAUACUAUCAUUACACCAAGCUCCACAAACACUAGAGGUACCGAUACUUUUACUACAACAACAUCUACUGAAACCACCUCAACAGUUACGACCACUGUUACUCCUCCUCGAACCAAAACCACAUUGACAAGUACACUCACAUCCUGCUCUACAGAGUCUUCUAGAACGAAGUCUACUGGACCUUCCACGACAGUUUCGUCCUUCGAGCCUUGCCCUUCAUUGAAAUCUACACCUUCAGUGGAAUCAAAUUCUUCUUCAAAACAUGCUUCGUCCUCCCAGACUAUUUCGUCGUCCCAGACUACUUUGUCCUCUCAAACUACUUUGUCGUCUCAAACUACUUUGUCGUCCCAGACUACUUUGUCGUCCCAGACUACUUCGUCCUCCCAGACUAUUUCGUCGUCCCAGACUACUUUGUCCUCUCAAACUACUUUGUCGUCCCAGACUACUUUGUCGUCCCAGACUACUUCGUCCUCCCAGACUAUUUCGUCGUCCCAGACUACUUUGUCCUCUCAAACUACUUUGUCGUCUCAAACUACUUUGUCGUCCCAGACUACUUCGUCCUCUCAAACUAUUUCGUCCUCCCAGACUACUUUGUCCUCUCAAACUACUUUGUCGUCACAGACUACUUUGUCUUCUCAAACUACUUUGUCCUCUCAAACUACUUUGUCUUCCCAGACUACUUUGUCCUCUCGAACUACUUUGUCGUCACAGACUACUUUGUCGUCCCAGACUACUUCAUCUACGGAAUAUUCCUCGUCUUCGGAAACCACUUUGUCUUCGGAAAUCAUUUCGUUUUCUAGAUCAAAUCCUCCUUUCGAAUCUAUUUCUUCUUCAGUAUCAACUUCGUUUUUCCAAUCUACUUCAUCUUUGGAAUCGACUUCAUCUUCCCAAACAGUCUCCUCAUAUGCACUUACUGAAUCUACCAAGAUGUCAUCUACUUCAGAGGAACCCAGCCAAAACAAUAGUACAGUUUGUUUCCCAAGAGAUGAAGCUUGUGUUCAUAGUGUCAUCACUAGUACCACCAUAGUUACUGCUCCUACUUCGACUACUGUAGUUGUUACGUCUUGUGAUACAGAGGCGUGUCACACUUCUUCCUUUGAAACUGGCAUUUCUGUUAUUACCGCAACUAAUUCUAGUACAGUUUCAAUUUAUACGAUCUACUGUAACUUGACUGAAACCAAGAGAAUAGUUAUUACAAAGGGUAGCACGAGCAACGAUUCGCCAAUAAUUCCUACAAGUCUUGCCCUGCUACAGGUUGAAUCUGCCGAAGUCGAGAUUACGCCAGUUCUGGAACUUCCAUUGUCUGCCACCACACAUUUUCCUGAACAUGGGUCUGCUGAUGCUUCGAAACUUUCGAAAGGAUCUACAUAUCAAGAAGAUUUCAGUGCAAAGGCCACAGAAAUACCUGAAUUAGCUUCUGAAGUUAACCACAGCCCAGAAGGCCCCGAAGAGUCAAGUGUUUCUUCUGUUGGUUCUGUUGAGUCUGGGCAACGUCCCUCUUCAGUGGUACCUACAAUUGUUCAAGAAAUUCCUACUUCUGCUAGUGUUCUUCCUGAUGCUGCCGGAAGCAGCUUAUAUCCAGUUCCUAAUACCGACUACUACGAAGGAAGUGCAGCUGUAUUAGCUCCUAGGUUCAAUGCCGCUUCAAUAUUAAUGGCUCUCAUAUUUUUAUUGUAA